AUGGCCGAGGAGGAAGCGAACUCGGUCUUCAGCCACGACGAAGGCUCGAGUGGUGAUGACACGACCAACAACGGCUCGGCCGGACCACCGAGAAAGCGCAAGAGGGAGAAGCACCAGAAGACAUCAUGCGAGCUGUGCAAGGCGAGGAAGGUGAAAUGCGAUCGUGCAGAGCCCGCCUGCUCAUGGUGUGCUCGACACAACCGCACCUGUGUUUAUCUCGAGAGACAGAAACCGGGCAGCCGUAUUGGUUUCAGUCUCGAACUUGAGGCCAAGGUCAACAGGCUUGAUGCGCUCCUGCAGGCCCUGGGUCGUCGCGUGGAGGAUCAUAUUGCCAGCGACCAUGUCGCCAGUACCCAGGCCCUUUCCCCGGCUAUCAGCAACCAAGCAUCAUCUCAAGUCGAAGGAUUCCAUCAUGACGGAAACGGCGUCAACCCUGCAACGGCUAUUCCAAGAAGUGCACCGACCUCCAAUGGAAGGACACCGGCGUUUUCGAGUCCGUUUUGGCAAGGCGGUGAUGCUCAGGAGGCGCUUCAAAAUGGCGAUCGAACUUCGGUUCAGGCUCUGCUGAACCUCUCUGCUGGCGAGCCCUUCUCGCAGACAGGUGCAUCUCCCGGUAUUUCUGGACCGCGGAAAGAUGCAGCUUCUCUGUCAUCUGUAUCAGAGUUCCCGCCGCACGACAUGCUCUACACGCUUGUCGACCUUUACUUCAAACACUGCAACACCUGGUGCCCGAUUCUUGACCGCAAGACCACGUUCGGUGCCUUCUUCGGUUCGACUUCCCUCACCGACGCCGACCGCGUGCUGUUGCACGCCAUUGUGGCAACGACACUCAGGUUCCUGAAAGACCCGCGGCUGUCACCCGAGAUGCGAUCCCACUACCACGCUGUCUCGAAGGGCAGGGUUCAGAUAUACGCCAUGGAGAAUGUUAGUAUCGCGGCGCUGAGGGCGUUGGUCAUCCUGUGUUUGGAUGAGCUUGGAACCUCCAACGGACCGCGCGGCUGGAAUAUGCUUGCGCUUCUCGCACAAAACGUGAGACAGCUUGAGCUGUGUGAGGAAAGCAGUGUUUACCUUACAGCCGAAGCCGAAGAGACACCGCAUACUGGUUCGAUUCGCAGGGUCGCUACGGGUCGACCCGAAUCAUGGAUUGAAGAUGAAGGCAGGCGACGUUUGUGCUGGAUGGUAUACCUCCUCGAUCGAUACGCCACGAUCGCGACAACCACCUUCGAUUUCAUGCUCGACGACAAGAAGAUGAAGCGAGGUCUUCCGUGUUCGUACGACUUAUUUUCCAGAAACGUUCCCGUUGAGACGAGAGCAUGGAGCCCCUCCUCCGAUCCGACCGCCCCUCCAGCGAUCAACAAGCCGGACAAUCUCGGCAGUUUCUCAUACCACUGCGAGAUCCUGCGGAUACUCAGCAAAGUCCACGACUUUCUGAAGACGCCCAUCGAUGUUACAUCAUCGGCUGAGAUGGCCGUUUGGCGCAACACAUACAGGUCGUUGGACGGCGCGCUUGACAAUUGGCUGCAAAGCCUGCCGAGUGAAUACAGCAGGAUAUCGGCGCUGUGCCACUCAGACCCAGCUAGCCGUGUCGCGAACUGGUUCAUGCUGCACAGCGCAUAUGUCACGUCGGUGGUGCGUCUGCAUUCCUCGGCUGCGUACCCCACCGUGAGAUCUCACAUCUUCGUCCCAUCACAUUAUGCAAUGCAGCGGUGUCUGUCGGCGGUGCAAAGCCUUGGUGACAUUGCCCAGGAUGUUUUUGAGGCCAAUGGCCUUGACCUGCUGGGCCCUCCCUUCGCGUUCUCAUUAUGGGUGGCUGCGAGGUUGUUGCUUGUCCAUGCAGCGACAGUAGGCUGCCCCGUUGACCCCAAGAUUGAUUUCUUCAUCGAAACCCUCAGACAUGUCGGCCAGUAUUGGGAAGUGGCGAACAAUUAUGCCAAAAUCCUCGCUCGGGUAGUCCAGCGUGGACGUCAAGGCGACAUGAACUUUACUGCCAUGAGAAAGAGUGCUCAUGACCUAGUGACCCUAACAUCUUCCACACGGCGAUCUGGCUUGGAGCCAACGUCGACACAAGUAACAUCGUUAAGCGAGCUCGACAACAUCGACGUAUUUGACUUCUUCAGUUAUCCGAAGACAUCGGACCCACAAGCGAGAGCCGGCAAUGGCAUCUUACAAGCCCAGGUGAUGAGCGGCUUGGGCGGCGACUCCAUGAGAAGCACCGGUGUGCCGGACCCGGAAUCGGACUGGCUUGGAUUCAAUACCCCUUUCAGUUGA